AUGAACCCGUCUCAUCCUCUCCUUGAAUUUCUCACUACCUCAAAUGCCACCUCCACGCUGACCUUCUACUUGAACGGCACAGUCAUCGCCCUCACCAAUCCCAACCCUCACUGGACGCUACUCGACUUCGUCCGGGCCCAGGAUGGCCUCACGGGGACGAAACUGGGCUGUGGCGAGGGGGGCUGCGGUGCCUGCACGGUGGUGUUGCAGACGCGACACCCCCGCAGUCGACGCCUGGUGCACAGGGCCGUGAAUGCCUGUCUCUAUCCGCUGGUAGGAGUGGUAGGAAAGCAUGUCAUUACCGUUGAGGGCCUCGGCAACGUCGACCACCCGCAUCCGCUGCAAGAACGUCUGGCAAAGCUCCAUGGGUCCCAGUGCGGAUUCUGCACGCCGGGAAUCGUCAUGAGUCUAUACGCCAUCAUCCGUAACGCAUAUGACCCACAAACUGGCGCGUUCAAUCUCUCCGAAGAGGAUAUUGAGAUGAAGGGCCAUCUGGACGGGAAUCUGUGUCGCUGUACGGGCUACAUGCCUAUUCUCCAGGCCGCCAAGACAUUUAUUCGGGAGGAUCUGCAGGCGCAGGUGGGAUCCACAGUUCCCGCUCCUUUACCCACGGAUACACUAAGCGAAUCUGUCGAGCUGCCGGUUCUUCCAUCCCAGUCGUGUGGACGGCUAGGAGGCUGUUGUCGUGAUAGCCCUUCGUCGUCUUCUUGCUCGGCCAAUUCUGAAAGAACUGGUUCGUCGCCUUUGACCACGCCUGAGGAGAAGACCCCAGCGAUCCCUCAAUUCGACUUCAUCCCGUAUAAGCCACACACGGAGCUGAUCUAUCCGCCGGGUUUGGCAAAGUUUGUCCCUCAGUUGCUGUAUUAUGCGGACGACCGAAGAGUCUGGGUGCGUCCGGUCACUGUGCAGCAAACGCUCGACCUCCUGGCUCGCUAUCCAUCGGCCACUUUGGUGGGCGGUGCGAGUGAGGUGCAGAUUGAUGUUCGCUUCAAGGGCCCGGAGGCUGCCGUGUCGAUCUUCGUGGGUGACGUCGAAGAGCUGGCGCAAAUCAGGUUGGUGGAGCAGGAUGGUAUCGCAAAGAAGCUGGUUAUCGGUGGAAAUGCCUCGCUCACGGACGUCGAGGAGGAAUGCCGGCGCCUAGCUCCAGCUCUGGGAUCUUCUAGCUCGGUACUCUCAGCAAUGACCAAGGUCCUUCGCUACUUUGCGGGGCGUCAAAUCCGCAACGCCGCCUCGUUGGCAGGCAACAUCGCCACGGCCUCACCCAUCUCCGACAUGAACCCCCUUCUUCUCGCCGUGAACGCCACGAUUAUCGCGCGUACCGUCGACGGCGACCACGCUUUGCCCAUGGAGCAGAUGUUCCUAGGGUAUCGCAAGACUACCCUGCCCAAGGGCAGCCUCAUCACCGAAAUCCGCAUCCCAUUGCCUCCUCCCGGCUGUCGCGAGGUUGCAAAAUCCUACAAGCAAGCCAAGCGCAAAGACGACGACAUUGCGAUCGUCACGGCAGGGUUCCGCGUGCGCUUGAACCCCGAAAAUAUCGUUGAACACGUUACUCUCGCAUACGGCGGCAUGGCCCCAACCACGGUGCUCGCUCCUCGCGCCCGUGCCACCCUCCAAGGCGCAAGAUGGGGUACGCAAGCCAUCCUGGACGCGACAGUGGCCGCCCUGCUGGAAGAUUUCGACCUUGCUUUCGGGGUUCCCGGUGGGAUGGCGACCUACCGGCGGACACUGGCUGCGUCUUUCUUCAUGCGGUUUUGGCACGAGGUACUUGCCGAGUUUCCCCUGCCCGGGUCGUCGCCGGUGCCGUCCGACUUGACCGAUGAGAUUCGCCGCCAGCUCUCGCAAGGCACCCGCGAUGAGAUCAAUCCGCACGAGCAGCGCGUGGUCGGAAAGGCACUUCCACACCUGUCCGGCCUGAAGCACGCGACAGGCGAAGCGGAGUACAUCGAUGACAUGCCGCCGCAGCAUCGGCAGCUAUACGGCGCAAUGGUGCUCUCGCAGCGCGCGCACGCCAAGCUGGUCUCGGUCGACUGGGCGCCAGCGCUCGCUUCAGGCCUGGCACUUGGGUACAUCGAUCACACCUGUCUCCCACCGGAGAAAAACCUGUGGGGUCCAGUGGUGCACGACGAACCGUUUUUUGCAGUGGACGAGGUGCGGGCGCACGGCCAGCCGAUCGGGAUGGUCUACGCCGACACCGCCUUGCAGGCCCAGGCGGCAGCGCGGACGGUGAAGGUCGUCUACGAGAACUUGCCGGCAAUUCUCACGAUCGAUGAGGCCAUCGCCGCCCAGAGCUUCUUCCCUCAUGGCAAGGAGUUGCGCAAAGGCGCGCCGCCCGAGGAGAUGGACGCCGUGUUUGCGCGGUGUGAUUAUGUGUUUGAAGGCAAGACGCGCAUCGGAGGCCAGGAGCACUUCUACCUCGAGACCAAUGCCGCCAUGGCGAUCCCGCGGACAGAGGAUGGCGGUAUGGACAUCUGGUCUUCGACGCAGAACACUAUGGAGACUCAGGACUUCGUCAGCCAGGUUCUCAAUGUCCCUGCCAACCGCGUCAACGCACAGGUCAAGCGCAUGGGCGGCGCAUUUGGCGGGAAAGAAUCGCGCAGCGUGCAGCUGGCCUGCCUAGUAGCACUUGCAGCGAAGAAAGCUCGCCGGCCGGUACGUGCAAUGCUGCCUCGAGAUGAAGACAUGAUGACCAGCGGCCAGCGACACCCAAUACAAUGCCGCUGGAAGGUGGGUGUCACGCGGAACGGCAAGCUCGUCGCUUUACAAGCGGACUGCUACAACAAUGCGGGCUACUCCCUUGACAUGAGCGGUGCGGUGAUGGAUCGCUGUUGCACACACCUGGACAACUGCUACGAGAUCCCCAACGUGCAUAUCCGAGGGUGGGUGUGCCGCACCAAUACCCACAGCAACACCGCGUUCCGUGGCUUCGGCGCCCCGCAGAGCAUGUUCUUCACGGAGUCAAUCAUGAGUGCCAUUGCGGAGGGUUUGGAUAUAUCUAUUGACGAGCUACGCAUUCGUAAUUUCUAUACCGUCGGCCAACGCACGCCCUUCCUCCAGCAGAUCGACCAGGACUGGCACAUCCCGCUGCUGCUGGAGCAGGUUCGCGCAGAAGCUCAAUACGACGAGCGUCGCAUCCAAAUCGCCGCAUUUAACGCCGCGCACCGGUGGCGCAAACGCGGCAUCGCGCUGAUUCCGACCAAGUUCGGUAUCUCGUUCUCCACGGCCCUGCACCUCAAUCAGGCCGCUGCAGCAGUGCGCAUCUACACGGACGGGUCGGUACUGCUGCAUCACGGCGGCACGGAGAUGGGCCAGGGGCUCUACACAAAAAUGGCGCAGGUGGCGGCGCAGGCGCUGGGCGUGCCGUUUGAGAGUGUGUUCACACCCGACACGUCCUCAUACCAGACAGCCAAUGCGUCGCCGACAGCCGCAUCCUCAGGCAGCGAUCUGAAUGGCAUGGCAAUCCAGGACGCCUGCGCACAGCUAAACGAGCGGCUGAAGCCGUACCGGGAGCGUCUAGGGCGCGACGCGCCCAUGGCCCAGCUCGCUCACGCGGCAUACCGCGACCGCGUGAGUCUCUCAGCGAGCGGAUUCUGGAAGAUGCCGCGCAUCGGCUACGAGUGGGGGAACUACGACGUCAACACCGUCAAACCGAUGUACUACUACUUCACGCAGGGGGUGGCCUGCACGGAGGUGGAGCUAGACCUGCUGACGGGCGACCACACGGUGCUGCGCACGGACAUCAAGAUGGACAUUGGCCGCUCGAUCAACCCGGCCAUUGACUACGGACAGAUCGAAGGCGCUUUCGUGCAGGGACAGGGCCUGUUCACGAUGGAGGAGAGUCUGUGGACGCGGCAGGGUCAGCUGGCGACCCGUGGGCCGGGCACGUACAAGAUCCCCGGCUUCAGCGAUAUCCCGCAGGAGUUCAAUGUCAGUUUCCUGCAGGGCGUUAGCUGGUCACAUCUGCGUUCGGUACAGAGUAGCAAGGGCAUCGGCGAGCCGCCGUUGUUCCUCGGGGCGACGGUGCUGUUCGCGUUGCGCGAUGCGCUGCGGAGUGCCCGGGCCGGAAACGGGGUGACUGAGGCGCUGGUGCUGGAUAGUCCGGCGACGGCGGAGAGGUUGCGCUUGGCGGUGGGGGAUGAGUUGGUGAAGAUGAGUCGGGUUGAGCCGAAGCAGGGGGAGGAGAACUUCUUUGUUGCGGUUGCGUAGUUGGAUAGCUUUGGGAUGACGUAGGUGUGAGGAUAUCAUACUCUUGGUUAUAACAAUUAAGGCG